UUUCAGGGUGUGAAAAAACCUUUCGAUCAAGUCAUUCGUGCUAAUAUCGGUGAUUGCCAUGCUAUGGGACAAAAGCCUAUCACCUUUCUGAGACAGCUUAUGGCCCUAACCUUGGAUACAAGUCUUUUCGAUUCACCUAACUACCCAGAGGAUGUGAAGAAGCGUGCGCGCAUCAUUUUAGAUGGCUGUCAAGGGAAAUCAGUUGGCUCCUACACCGACUCGGCUGGCAUUGAAGUGAUUCGUAAGCAAGUGGAUUUCAUUGAGAAGCGGGAUGGCAUACCAAGCAAUUGGGAGAAUAUUUAUUUAACAGGUGGUGCCUCCCCAGGCAUCAAAAGCAUAUUGGCGCUCGUUCGCUGUAAAAUUGGCGGCAAACGUCCCGGUGUAAUGGUUCCCAUACCCCAAUAUCCACUGUAUUCGGCUACAAUUUCGGAGUAUGCCAUGACUCGUAUCGGCUACUACCUGAAUGAAGAACAAAACUGGAGCAUGGAAGUUUCGGAACUCGAGCGAGCCUAUCAAGAAGCACGUAAAACCUGUGAACCACGCGCCCUAGUUGUCAUCAAUCCGGGCAAUCCCACCGGUCAGGUGCUAACGCGUGAAAAUAUCGUAGAUGUAAUUAAAUUCGCACAUAAAUACAAGCUAAUCGUAUUGGCUGACGAAGUGUAUCAGGCUAACAUUUGCUCCAAUUCGAAAUUCUACUCCUUCAAGAGUGUAGCACAUGAAAUGGGUUCACCCUACAGAGAAAUGGAAUGUAGCUUUAUGUCGGCCUCAAAGGGCUACCUAGGCGAAUGUGGUAUACGUGGUGGCUACAUGGAGAUAGUGAACAUGUGCCCAAAGGUGCAAGCCACGCUAACAAAGUCCAUAACCGCUUCGCUAUGUCCAACUUCUGCUGGUCAGGUGGCUAUUAGCGCAUUGGUUAUCCACCAGAAAAGGGUCGAGCCUUCAUACGAACAGUAUAUAGCCGAGAAAGCAGAGGUUUUGAAUGCCCUUAAAGAGCGCGCCGAGUUAGUAUACAAAACAUUCAACAGCUUUGAGGGAUUCAAGGUGAAUGUGGUACAAGGCGCCAUGUACGCUUUCCCACAAAUCGUUAUACCAGCUAAGGCUAUCGCGGCAGCAAAGGCAAAGAAUAUGGCGCCCGAUGUGUUCUAUGCCUUUGAAUUGUUGGAAUCAACCGGCAUUUGCAUUGUACCUGGCAGCGGUUUCGGCCAAAAAGAGGGCACCUAUCACUUCCGCACCACAAUUCUGCCUCAGACCGACAAACUGAAAAUCAUGUUGGACAAAUUUCAAACUUUCCACGCUGAUUUCAUGAAGAAAUAUAAGUAAAUUGUAUUAAGAAGAUUUCAUGGAAAUCUGAUGCUAUGCAAAAUAUGUAUGCCAUCUACCAUCCAUCCAUUGAAUGGCGUGGCGCCAUAGUAUACUACUAACGCACCGUGGUUUGAAACUUUAAUUUACAGUUCAUAAUACUCCAGAGCCUUAAUUUUUUAACCAAUUUGAUAAUUUGUUUUUUUUUUUAAGGAAAGCCUAUAAAAUGCACAUUAACCUGUUGAGCCCGAUAAAACUGAAUGCCUAAAAUUUUUGCACAAAUACAAAAAAAAAAUUGUGAAAUUUUUAUUUAUAAUAUUUCAAAUUUUUCAUGUGUAUUUUUUUACGUUUUGGGGGAACCCUAUAAUUUUUUAUACUAUAUAACAUUAUGUGGUACAGGAGAAUCGAUUUUUUCAAAAUUGCUACUUUUUCGGUACUUUACACUUACAAACUUAUAAUCUAUAUAUGUAAUAAAAUUGUAACAGCACAAUGUCUGUACAUUAUAGAUAUUAAA